UUCGAGAUGAGAGUUUCAAAGGAUCUAGAUAAAAACGUUGGUUUUUAUCGCACACAAACUGAGGGCGAAAAGAUCACAUUGGUAUUUUCCAACAACACGUAUGGACACAGGAAGUUCUUUUGUAAGAAUCAGUGUAAGAAUGAAGGGGAGAUCCUCAUUGACACAACUAAUAACAAAUCUGCGAGUGGCAGAUACAGCAUUGAAUACAGACCAAGAUCCAUGUAUGGACUGUAUGCAACCAUCACACAGCUGACCAAGUCAGACACAGGACGAUACAGGUGUGGUUAUGGAAACCCUCUGUCUCCAGAUUUAUACAGCAGUGUAAAUGUUCUCGUCAUUGAUGAUUCAAACCCACCUGCUUCCACACCACAAACAGCAACACAGAGUGAAAGUGUCACUGCAGGAGUCUCUACACAUGGUCCUGACUCCUCCUGGCUUCUGGUUGUGCGUGCGUCCUUGGAUGGUGUUUUGCUGAUGGCUGUUUUCCUCAUGCUCUUCUACAUUAGUAAGACAAGGAGGAACUUUGGACUGAACACCAGAGAAAAUGACACAAACAUGGAGUUAUCUGUAACACAUGAGAACUGGGAUCCAACCUCCAAACACAAAGAGUCCAAAAGCAGCAGGACCAAACCCACUCUGCAUUAUUAAAGACCAAAAUCUAACAAGUAAAAAUGAAUUUUGAUAUUUUUGGACCUAUAUCUGAGAUUUCAUGAUCACCUCCAUAUAAUUUGCUUCACUAUGCUUCAUUUUGUUCCUGUUAUUCAAAUGCAUACAUGUACAUUGAUGUACUUCA